AUGGCAACUACUACAAUAAACAAGGCAGGCAAAGUUAGGAACCAAACACCGAAGGACCCUGUUGUCGAGAAGGAGAGGAAGAAGUGCGGCCGCUGCAGACAGCGCUUGAAGUUUGAAAAGAGAAGCGAGAUGGGAUACUUCGAUGUGGCCGGAAAGAUGAAGCUGAACCCCCAGUCGUGA